UCAGAAGUUCUAAAUUUAUUAAGCAGAGUCCAACCGGACAAUGAAGAGUUUAGUGCUUUGUUUAGUAGUCGUAGUCGUUUUUGGUAGCUGCCUCAAACUUCCUUCCAGUUUUAAAAAAUGUGAUAGAAGAAGUACUAAUUUCAACCAGUGUUUGAGCAAAUCUAUUCACGGUGCUCUUACAUCAUUAGAAAAACCGCUAAAAUCGCAUGGUUUACCAAGUUUGCACGAUGUUCUGUUCCCACCUGCCUUUGGUUUCGAAAUUGGAAAUAGUACUUACGGUUUGAAACAAAAAUGUGGUAAUCUCAGGCUUUUCGGUUUGUCAAAUCCCGAAAAUGUAGCUGCAAGAAUGAAUUUCGGUCCGGUAGUCAGUACUUUAACAGUAGAGACUACUUAUUCUGAACUCAAGUGGACUGCUGAAUGGGAAGUUCAAGGUACCAUGGUUCUUCUACCUUUAAACGUCGUAACAGCGGUUGAGGCAAUUUUGGUUGAGCCCGUACUUACCAUAAUUUUUGAUUUAGAAGAGUACGAAAAAGGUGGUACCCACUUUAGGGUGGCGGGUACUGGAAUCGAUUUACAAGCACGAGAUUUUGUUAUUGAUUAUAAACGGUUGUUCUCCAAUGAACGUCUGAAUCGUGAAUUUAAUUCUGCGUUGGUGGAAAAGAGUUCUGAAAUAUUUGCAAUGUUUAAGCACCUAGAAAAGAUCUAUGCACCUGCUUUUGGUUCUAUGCUUAAUGGAUUUUUGGAAAAAGUACCCGUUGCUGAGCUUUUUGACGGGUAAUUUUUGAUUUGGUGUAAAGUUCCCGUGACGUGAAAGUGACCUCUUAAAAUAACAUUUUCUCAUUUCUGUCAAGCGGUACCUAAUUAAAAUUAGCAGUUAUAUAAA